GGCUGUGCCUGGCGCUGCCCCAGCGGGUGACGGUGUCCCAGGAGCUCUACGUGGGGCUGCAGCUGCCCCCCAGCGCCCGCCCCCACGAGCAGCUGCAGCUCCUGCCCCACAUCCACAGCAGGCUGCCCCACGGCGUCAACGUGACGGUGACGCUGGCGGUGGCCGAGGGCGUCUGCGCGGGGCUGGACGGGGCCCCCCGGCGCCUGUGGGUGCCCCCCGGGGGGGCGGUGGCCCUGCCCCUCACCCUGGUGGCCCUGCGCCCCGGCGACGUCCCCGUCACCCUGACGGCCCGCGGGCCCUGGGUGGGCGACAGCGUCACCCGCCUCCUGCACGUGCAGCCCGACGGGGAGCUGCACCUGGAGGAGACCAGCCACGUCCUGGACACCGACGGAGAUGGGGGUCGCACCCUGCGGAUCCCCGGGGACGUCCGGACGGAAUCGUCCCCGACGGGGUUCAGUGUCAGCAUCCGCGUCACCGGCCGUGUGGGGGGCUGGGCGGUGCGGGGGGCGCUGGGGACGGGGGUUUCGCUGCUGCGCUCCCCGGGGGGGUGUGGGGAGCAGGCGCUGAUGGCGCUGGGCCCCCGCGCCGCCGCCAUGCGCUACCUGGACCACAGCGGGGGCUGGGGGGCUCUGCCCCCCGACGCCCGCCCCCGCGGCCUGCGCGGCCUCCAGAGGGGCUUCGAGCGGGUGCAGAACUUCCGCAAGAGCGAGGGCUCCUACAGCGCCUGGCAGCACCGGGGGGGCAGCACCUGGCUGACGGCGCUGGUGCUGCGGGUGCUGGCCCUGGCCCGUCCCUACCUGCCGCUGGCCGAGGGUGGCCCCGGGACGUCCCUGCGGUGGCUGCUGGGACAGCAACGUCCCGACGGCGCCUUCCGCGAGAGCCACCCCGUCCUGCACCGGGAGAUGCAGGGCAGCGUGGCAGACCCAGGUCCCGAGGCCACCGUGUCCCUGACGGCCUUCGUGGUGGUGGCCCUGCAGGGGGCACGUGUCCUCCUGCCCCCGGACAGCCCCGACCACCCCCGGCUGGACCAGGCUCUGUCUCGAGCCGCCACCUUCCUGCGUGGCCGCGUGGAGACGUUGGGGACAUUCGGGACGGCCAUCACCGCCUACGCGCUGGCGCUGGGGGACACCGGCCCCCCCGGCCCCUCCCCUGCCCUGGAGCGUCUGCGCCGCCAGGCCCGGCCCGCCCAGGGUGGCCGGGCGCAGUUCUGGCCGGCCGGUGGCCCGGCGGCCACGGUGGAGGCCACGGCCUACGGGCUGCUGGCCCUGCUGCAGCACCGCGACGGCGCCGGCGCCGCCCGGGCGGCCCGAUGGCUACGGGAACAGGGCAACUACGGCGGCGGCUUCCGCUCCACCCAGGACACGCUGGUGGCGCUGGAGGCGCUGGCCCAGAUGUGGCUGCAGUGGGGGGAGGCGGCGGGGAGGGGGCUCAGCCUGGGCCUGUCCUGGCCGGGGAGGGGCCGGGGGCCGCCGGGGGGGACGCGGGUGACACUGGGCCCCGGGCUGCAGUCGCUGGAGAAGGAGCUGCAGGUCCCCCUGGGCGUCCCCAUCACGGUGCAGGUGGAGGGACAGGGCGAGGGGACGCUGACGGUGCUGCGCCAGUUCCGGCUGAUGUCCCCCCACAACGGCUCCUGCCAGGGGCUGGGCCUGCGGGUGGCCCUCACCGGGCCAAUCAGCUACGAGGAGGAGGACUAUGAGGACUAUGAGGAGGGGGCGGAGCUUGAGGAGGGGGCGGAGCCUGCAGAGGGGGUGGAGCCUGCGGAAGGGGCGCGGCCUGCAAAGGGGGCGGAGCCUGCGGAAGGGGCGGAGCCGCUGCCCCCCCCGCGUCGCCGCCGCCGGCGGGAGGGCAGUGACCCCGCCCGUGACGUCGCCUUCCUCCUCUGCUUCUGGCGGGAGGCGGGGGUGGAGCUGGCGGGGAUGGCGGUGGCCGAGAUCUCCCUCCUGAGCGGCUUCCGGCCCCACCGGGGCGACCUGGACAAGCUGCGGGACGUGGUCGAUCGCUGGAUCAGCCACUACGAGCUCAGCGGCACCCGCCUGGUCAUUUACCUCGACGAGGUCCCCGCCCAGCGCCAGUGUCUCAGCUUCGGGGCCACCCAGGAGGUGGCCGUGGGGCAGCUGCAGCCGGCCAUGGCCACCAUCUACGACUACUAUGAGCCGGCCCGGCGCUGCUCCGUCUUCUACAGCGCCCCCCGGCGCAGCAGCCUCCUGCCCGGUGUCAUUGCCCCCCCUCUCCCCCCCCCCCCAGGUGGGUGCCCCCGGCUGCGGGGGGGGGAGGAGUCGCUCAGCGCCGACGACCUGGACUUCGCCUGCUACAGCCCCCGCGUCACCUAUGCGCUGCUGGUCCGGGUGCUGGAGCAGAGCGAGGCCGGGCCCUUCCUGGCCUUUGACCUGGAGAUCCUGGAGGUGCUGCUGGGAGAGGGCGCCGGGGGCGGGGCGCGGGCGCUGGCCCGGGGCAGUUGUUCCCUGCGGCUGCGGCCCCAGCGGCGGCUCCUGCUCAUGGGGGACCAGGCGACGGCGGGCGCCGGGCAGAGCCCCCAGUUCCUGCUGGGUCCCAACUCCUGGAUCGAGGAGGCCCCGCCCCCCCACCGCUGCGGCCCCGCCCCCUCCUGCCGCCCCCUCCUGGAGUUCCUGGACACCCUGCGCACGCGGGGCUGCCCCUUCUGACCCCACUGGGAG